ACUAGUUUUUCUUGGCUUUUUUUUUAUUCACUAGUUUUUCUUGGUUAUUAAAUAACGAUACAAAAUGUCAAUGAAAAAUGACGCGAAAAAUGUAGGAGACACUGAUGCUCAAAACUUAAAAGACGCCUGGUCUAUUCGGCCAUGUGAGGUGUAUAACGAUGAAUAUGAUGAUUGCACCAGCAUCAAAGCGCGCUUCCAUCAAUAUUUCAUUCAUGGUGAAAGUAUUGAUUGUUCCCAGUGGAAAACAGAUUAUAAUAAUUGUGAACGUUACAUGAAAUCCAACGGGAAUGAUGUAACAGCCGGCGAAGCCGUCAUCCGUAGUGAAGCUGAACGGCGGCGAAAACGAAUGGAGGCACACUAUGGAAAUACGACAUGGAAAAAGCGAACACAUCCUCCUGAAGAUUGGUCGAAACCUUUACCAGAAUGGUUAGCUAAGAAAAAUGAAAAUACAUUUCUGGAGCUAAAGCAGAUGGAAUUAGAUGGGCGUAAGCUAGCCGAAGAAACUGAAAAAUCAUACUGUGCUCUAAUGUAGAUAACGUAUUGUAUGCAUUACUGAAGUGUUUCGGAAAAAACGUUAAAAACUAAUUUUUGUAAAUACAUGUCAUGUGCUGCAUCCAGCUAUGAUAGUCCAACUUAUCAUUUUGAUAUAAUUUACACUUUCCGAUUUUGGCAACACAAGGAUAGUGGUUGGCUCAGAAAUACAUCAAGCCAAAGCAUCAGUAUCUUUUUUUCUAAACUGUAGUUGAGGGAAAUAUCCAAUAUGCCCAACCACGGUUAAAUGGCCUAUAGCUUAGAAAUAAAAGUGAACACACCCUAGUUUUUAUUUUUGAUAAAGACAUACAUAUAUACAUGCCCCUUAAAUUGGGACAAAAACACGACGGACACAUCUGGGCGACGAUGAUAGUAUUGACUUUAUAUGCACCACUUUUUGUGGCGCAAAAGAAGCAUAGAACCAUGAUUCAAGGGAAGGUUUAUAGCAGUAGUUAUGAGAACAAAAUGAUGUAAGUUUCAAGAAGUAAGUGGGGCAAAUCAGAUUUCUCAAAUAAAUGUGAAAAUAAAUAUAUAUGCUGUACCAUGAUACAAAAAAGAAGGUAGU